GUGUGUGUAGAGAUGAGCAUGAAAUUCUAAUGUUACACAAGUGUCUAAAAUCCAAGGACCUCCACAGAAGUGUGAGAGAGACAGUUAAAUGAUGUCCGUUCCAAUGGUCUAGAAUUCAGACAAUCUGUUUGUCUUCGGUUUUUGUCCUGUUGGCCCACGAUGGGCCCAAGAUCAGUAGGAAAACUGUUCAAGGAAAGGUACAAACAUUACUUUCCGGGAAGACACCUGCUGUGUAGAUUCCUUCUUCCAGAAUACUCGAAAGUGUACCCUGCUUUCUCCCUUUUUGGAGAAAGACGGAGGGGAAAGGAGCUAAGUUUUCUGAACUGGUAACGGAAGAAGAUGCUACCAGACUCCAGUGUGGCUGCAAUUUUUGAAGUUCUUCCAAGACAUCUUGUGCCUUACUCUGUUCCCUCCCCUUCCUGCUGUUUUGCAGAUAGACCCCCUAGGGAACUGUGUGGCAGGAAGACGUGAUUCUAUUUAGUUAGCCCUAGAUUCCUGGUCUGUGCCGCACCUGGGUGCAGCCUGCAGCCCCGGGGGUCAGUUCAGCUCCAACAUCUGAACCAUGAGGAUCUGGUGGCUCCUGCUUGUCGCUGGAAUCUGCACAAGAAACAUGAACUCGCAGGACACAUGCAGGCAAGGGCACCCUGGCAUCCCUGGGAAUCCUGGCCACAAUGGUUUGCCUGGGAGAGACGGACGAGACGGAGCAAAGGGCGACAAGGGCGAGGCAGGAGAACCAGGCCAUCCUGGCGGCCCCGGGAAGGAUGGUAUGACGGGAGAGAAAGGAGAACGAGGAGCAGAUGGAAAAGUUGAAGCCAAAGGCGUCAAAGGCGAUCAAGGCUCACGAGGACCCCCGGGGAAACAUGGGCCAAAGGGAUUUGUUGGUCCCAUGGGAGAGAAAGGUCUCAGGGGAGAGAUUGGCCCUCAAGGGCAAAAGGGGGAUAAAGGCAAUGUGGGGCCCACUGGUCCAGAAGGGCUAAAGGGCAGUACUGGGCCUUCGGGCCCAAUGGGUCUACCUGGUCCCGUCGGCCCCAUUGGGAAGCCUGGCCCCAAGGGAGAUGCUGGGCCCUUGGGACCCCAGGGAGAUCCAGGAGUCCGGGGAAUGAGAGGCUGGAAAGGGGACCGAGGCGAGAAAGGAAAAAUUGGUGAGACUCCAGUCUUGCCCAAGAGUGCUUUCACGGUGGGGCUCACGGUACUAAGCAAGUUUCCUAGUUCAGAUGUGCCCAUUAAAUUUGAUAAGAUCCUGUAUAAUGAGUUCAAUCAUUACGACGUGGCCACGGGGAAGUUCAUUUGCCACAUUGCUGGCGUCUAUUACUUCACCUACCACAUCACCGUUUUCUCCAGGAACGUUCAGGUAUCUUUGGUCAAAAAUGGGGUGAAGAUACUGAACACCAAGGACGGCUACAUGAGCUCUGAGGACCAGGCGUCGGGCGGUCUGGUGCUGCCACUGAAGCUGGGGGACGAGGUGUGGCUGCAAGUCGCGGGCGGGGAGAGGUUCAAUGGCUUGUUUGCAGAUGAGGACGACGACACGACCUUCACAGGCUUCCUUCUAUUCGGCAGCCAGUGAUGGGGAGACGUGUAGGAUCUGCCCCCCUGCCCCCCUCAGAGCUGGCUUGGUGAACAGUUUCUCAGAUGGCUCUGCUCUGCGACCCACUCUGAUUACUGUAAUCGUCAUAGAGAGACAACAAUAGGAAAGUUAUCCUUAAAGCCGGUUUUAUGUGACUUACAUUGCUGUUUCCAAGAGUAAAUUUAAAAAUGCUUGCACCAGGGCGCCUGGCAGGCUCAGUCGGGGGAGCCUGUGGAACUCAGGGUUGGGAGUUCCAGC